GUCUCGUAAAGAGGCGAAGAAGAGGAAGACGGGCUGGAGGGAGGUCGAUUGAAGCGGGCGACAUCUUGGGCCAGUGCGAGUUAUCGGGCAGAACAAUUUCAUCGCUGCGGCACGAAGAUCGAAAGGUCGCGGAUAUGGCGAACCUGCUCUUUGUUGAGGUCGUGGUAGGCGCAGGCCAGCAGCUGAACCUUCCCAAUGGCCCGAACGAACCUCUUCCGCCCAUUCCCGUCCCCGGUAACGCCGAUCUAUUUGAAAUCGAAGAGCAUCAUGAUUUUUGGUAUAGGUACUGCAUGCCGAAAGGAGACAACUACGAUGCGGCUCGGAUCAUCGCCAGGAGAAGAGGCGCCGUCACCGCCGUGGGCCCCCUCCACCGAACGGGGUCGCCGAACUGGCGGGAAAUGAACUUUCAACCUUUCGAGAGGAACUUCUAUCGAGAGAACUUCAGGACGGCGUGGCGUUCUGCCGAUGAGAUGGAGCAGUACCGCAAGGAAAACCGCAUCACCGUGAAAGGGCGCGGCGUGCAGAUGCCGUUGCUGCGUUUCCACGAGGCCAACUUCCCCGCAUGCGUAGUUGAGGCCCUUGAGGCGAAUGAAUACAACACCUCCUCGCCAACCCCGGUCCAGGCGCAGUGCUGGCCGGUGGCGCUCAAGGGAAGAAACCUUCUCGCCGUGAUCGGAGCCGGAGUCGAAGGCAAGAUCCUGGCUUACCUCCUUCCGGCAAUCGUCCACGUCCUGAAACAGCCUCCCUUGCGAACCCAUCAGGGUUUUCUAGCCCUCGUGUUGACACCGACACCAGAAAAAGCACGCCAUAUUCAACGGCUCGUGGGAAAAUUCGAGAGCCACACCAGCGUUCGCGCUAAUUGUGUCUGCUCCGGCGGCUCGAAGGAUCAACAAUUGAGGGAUCUCCGUAGCGGUUUCGAAAUCUGCAUAGCGACGCCAGGCCGCAUCCACACGUUCCUGGAGGCGGGCAAGCUGGACCUAGCCCGGUGUACGUACUUCGUGUUGGACGGCGUGGAUUGCAUGGUUGACAUGGGGUUCGAGCAGCAGAUCCUCUCCCUCGCCAAACACGUCAGGCCCGAUCGGCAGACCCUGAUGUGGAUGUCUAGGAAACCCAAGGAGCUGUACCGGCUAGUCGACGCCCUUCUCAAGGACUACGUUGAGGUCAAUGUCGGUGAGUGCCGGACAUCGUCAGACCAGGGCGUCGAGCAGCUGGUCUGCGUCUGUGCCGAGUCAGAGAAAGAGGCAAGGCUGAUGGCGCUCUUAGAGGACAUCCUGAGUCGGCAUGAGGAUGCGGCAGUCAGAAAGGUCAUCGUGUAUGCCGAAACUAAGAAGAGGGUAGACGACCUGGUGUCCAAGCUGCGGCUCCGAGGCUGGCCCGUCGUCGGCAUUCACGGAGAAACGACGGAGCGUGCCCGUGAUUGGGCGGUUGCUGCCUUCAGCCGAGGCGAGACACCCGUGCUUGUGGCUACCGAUGUGGCCGGGCGGGAGCUGCCCUCAGACUGCGUGCGCUACGUGGUCAACUACGACUACCCGAGCAGCGCCGAGGCGUACGCACGCCGGAUCGGCCACGCAUCGCGCUUGACGGGCGAUUCGUGUACGGCGUACACGUUUCUGGAGCCUGGAGCCAGGCGUUGCGCCAAGGAGAUGAUCGGGAUGUUGCGAGGAACAAAGCGAAAGGUUGACCCCGAACUCUACGUCCUCGCCAAGAAGGCGAAAGCAAUUCAACUGACAGGGGAUCAACCACGGUGAGACUCUGUGAUUCGUCGAAGAAGGGGGACCUCACAACUCUAUGUUCCUUGAGACGUGGUCGUCUGGCAUCAGUGCGAAGAGAUUUCUGCCUGCCAGAGAGUUCCGAACAGCCGUCUAUGGCCUAUAGAUUCUUGAAACCAGAGGAGUACUGAAAAAAAAUUGCAGCGUCUUAUGGAGCCAAUUAAUUGUGGUUUGCCUUG